GCUUGUGUCAUUGCCUCGGACUUGGUUUCUCAGUUUGCAGCAAUGGAAGGAAGUCACUUCAUCAUCGUUUUCCUCUUGCUCAACUUUCUCCACCUUCUUCUCCCUGCCUUUCCACUUCCUUUAUGCACCAACUCAGAGGCCCCCUUACCCCACAAGGAUCCUUUGAAAUUCUGCCCUUACAAUGGAACUUCAUGCUGCAACUCUGCUGAUGACUCCCGCAUCCAGAAGCAGUUUCAAGCGAUGAACAUCUCGAAUUCUGCUUGUGCUGCUCUUGUCAAAUCUGUUAUUUGUGCUGAAUGUGAUAAAUUUUCAGGUGAGCUUUACAGAAUUAGUUCUGUUCCUCGCCAAGUUCCUGUGCUCUGUAACUCUACAGCUUCUUCAGUCUCAACCCAAACUAUCCGAGACACAAACGACUUGUGUUCGAAAGUGUGGACAACUUGCCAGAAUGCAUCUAUAACAAACUCACCCUUUGCUGCUUCCUUAAAAGGUGAAGUUCCUGCACCUAUGAAGUCCAAUGUUACAAAACUGAUGGAUCUCUGGCAGUCAGAAGCAGAUUUCUGUAAUGUGUUUGGUGGGGCAUCUGGUGAUGGAUCAGUAUGCUUUGAUGGUGAACCUGUUGCCUUAAAUAGCACUGUUCCCCCGAGUCCUCCGGGUGGUCUGUGCCUCGAGAAAAUAGGAAAUGAUGCUUACCUUAAUAUGGCUGCUCAUCCUGAUGGCUCCAAUCGCGCUUUCUUCUCAAACCAGGAAGGCAAGAUUUGGUUAGCUACCAUACCUGAGGUUGGUUCAGGAGGAUCAUUGGAGCUCGAUGAAGCCAGUCCUUUCGUCGAUCUAAGUGAUGAAGUUCACUUCGAUACUCAAUUUGGAUUAAUGGGCAUUGCAUUUCAUCCCAAGUUUUCCCAGAAUGGCCGCUUCUUUGCUUCAUUCAACUGCGAUAAGCAAAAGUGGCCUGGAUGUGCAGGAAGGUGUGCUUGUAACUCAGAUGUUAACUGUGACCCUUCAAAACUGCCUCCUGAUAGUGGUGCCCAGCCUUGCCAAUACCAAACUGUUGUAGCUGAAUUUACAGCUAAUGGGACAGCCCCGCAGCCUUCCGAGGCAAAAAGUGCCAAUGCCCAAGAAGUAAGAAGGAUAUUUACUAUGGGUCUUCCAUUUAGUUCUCAUCAUGGAGGCCAGAUUCUUUUUGGACCUGAAGAUGGAUAUUUGUACUUGAUGAUGGGGGAUGGUGGUGGUGCAGGUUCCUCAGAUCCAUACAAUUUUGCACAGAACAAAAAAUCACUGCUCGGAAAGAUUAUGAGGCUCGAUAUUGAUAACAUCCCAAGUGCAACAGAAGUCGUGAAACUUGGCCUAUGGGGAAACUACUCUAUCCCCAAGGAUAAUCCUUACACUGAAGACAAAGAACUGCAGCCAGAAAUAUGGGCUCUCGGGUUUCAAAAUCCUUGGCGCUGUAGUUUUGAUUCUGAAAGGCCAUCCUAUUUCAUGUGCGCGGAUGCUGGGCAGGAUCAUUAUGAAGAGGUAGAUAUAGUCACAAAGGGUGGGAACUAUGGCUGGCGCGUUUAUGAGGGCCCCUUUCGGUUUACUCCUCCAAUGUCACCUGGAGGAAACACAUCUUUGGAUUCCAUAACCCCAAUUUUCCCAGUAAUGGGAUACAAUCACUCUGAUGUAAACAAGAAUAUAGGGUCUGCAUCAAUCACAGGUGGAUACUUCUAUCGCUCCACGACUGAUCCUUGCAUGUAUGGAAGGUAUUUGUAUGCAGAUCUUUAUGGAGGUGCAAUGUGGGCAGGGAGUGAAACCCCAAAGGACAGUGGAGUUUUCAACCCCACCUUGAUUUCUUUUGCAUGUUCUCAUGAUUCACCCAUGAAUUGCAGCCUGGUUCCAGGAAGCUUAGUUCCUGCACUGGGUUACAUUUUUUCAUUUGGGGAAGAUAAUAAUAAGGACAUUUACAUCUUAGCCAGCAGUGGAGUUUACAGGGUUGUUCCUCCUAGUAGGUGCAACAUUAGUUGCUCCAAGGAAAACACUUCUGUUGUUCCUAGUACACAAGGUAGUAGUGGUCCUGCUUCUUCCCCACCAUCUGAAGCACCCCUCUCUGCAGGGAUGUACAACAAUUUGGUAGUGCUGAUGUUGUCUCUUUGUUUGCUAUUGGUGUUCUGAGCCCACUCCCGCGAAAAAGUUUAAUACUUUGAAGUGCUUUUUAAUCACGGUGUAAAUUUGAAAUGUUCUUAUAAAAUUUAUCAGUAUCAAAUAUUGUGUCGAGUUAUUGUAGAAGAUUUUCUACGAUAUUACAUGCAAGAUUUUGUUACUAGAGCAUGUAACUCUUCUUUAAACUUGCAAAUUUAAUAAAAUUUGUGUAUACAGUCCACAGGCUUAACAAUGCUUGUUUCAUCU